GUCCUCGCUUUUGCUCCCUGUUCCGCCGAGCUCACGCCAGUAGAGAUGAGGGCCACGUCGUCCCCCGUGGCUGGCGCCGUCCUCGCCGCCCCUUCCUCCGCCGCCGCCGUAGUCGUAAAGCCUCUGCCUCGUGGCGCAGCGAAUGGCGGCAGCACGGGCAGGCGCGAAGUGCUUGCCGGGACCGGGCUGGGCGCGGCGCUGCUGCUAGCGCUGGGGCCCGUGUGCGGCGCGGCGCGUGCGGCGGACGAGGAAUACGUGAGCGAGACGAAGGAGGUGAUCGGGAAGGUGCGGUCGACGAUCAACCUGGACAAGUCGGACCCGAGCGUGGCGGACGCGGUGGCGGAGCUCCGGGAGCUGUCCAACUCGUGGGUGGCCAAGUACCGGCGGGAGAAGUCGCUGCUGGGGCGGCCGUCGUUCCGGGAGAUGUACUCGGCGCUCAACGCCGUGUCGGGCCAUUACAUCAGCUUCGGCCCCACGGCGCCCAUCCCGGCCAAGCGCCGCGCGCGCAUCCUCGAGGAGAUGGACACCGCCGAGAAGGCACUCCUCCGCGGCAGGUAGGCCAAAUCCCAGCGAAGCCCGGCCAUGGCGAUCGCCGUCGCCGUGGUGGCAGGAACGCAGCUCUCAGCGACAACGCUACCAUUUUGUAACUACUGCGGUGUAGUAUAUAUAUAUGCAUGCAUUCGUACGUGAUGCGAGCUGUGUUUUCGGUCCGAUGGGAGCGCGUCCUGUGACUGUGACUGGAGUAAAAAUUUACCGAGCUUCUGAGAGUAUCA